AUGACAAAACAAACUAUGGAAAAGAACCAACAAAUACUUCUAGCCUUAGGGCAUGGUGUCAAAGGAGUAAUAGAAAAUGCAAGACCAGAAUGCGAACACAUAAUAACUGACACUACAAAAGGAAAAAUUGAUAAAAUACAAGAAAUUAAUGACAAAAUAUUAUUGGAUGCUCAAAGGUGGAAUGAAUUGAACCUUUUGGAAAAGCUCUUAGUAAAAUUAAAGAUAAAAUUCAGGGUUGUACACAUCAUGAUACUAGGGAUUUCUUUGAAAAAAUCCUUUAAAAAAGAUAUAUUCAAAAGACAACUAGAAGAAAACAUGAUAAAAAUGCAAGAAUUUCUAAAUGAUUCUGAAGAAAAUAUACAAGAGGAACUAGAAAAAGAAAGAGAAUUAACCAUAGAAGAAUGGUAUCAAGCAUUUAGAGAA